AUGGCCAAAGCUACCUCUAAGGCCGCCGCCGCCGCCGCCGCCACUACCGACAGCAACCCCGACAGCCCAAAGACGUCCAACAACACAAAGUGGAACGAGGAAGCCCACCAGGCCUUGAUCGGUACACUGUUGGAUGUUAUGGAUUCCGCUGAUAUAAAGUGGCGAGCUCAUCUGGAUUUUAUGGUUCAGAAUUUGGCUGAGCGUGGCCAGCAAUUCUCUAGGGAGGGCAUUCGACUACGAUUGCUCCCUUCCACCCAGCGCCGUUCACAUCUGCGCAUCUACACCCCGAAAAGCAUCAACCAAGAAGCAACGUUCCAGAUUGCAAACUACGAACAGUUCAGUAUGCCUUCCGUGUGGGAUGACGCUCGUCAGCGAGACCUCCUCGAGGAGAUCUACUUCGUCAUGUCUUCCCACCAGUCGCUAAGCCAAGACGACAAGGAUGCCGUUGUCGCGGGAAUGCAGCAGCGAGGCUACACCACCCUCAAAUGGAACGCGAUCCGGUAA